UAAUCACUGAGGCUCAAUUCUCAAACCCAUGUAUAUAAGGCGGGACUUUCAUUUCCAUUCGCUCCCAAAAUCCAAAACCAUUUUCAGAGAUGAACAUUGCUUCCAGUUCCCUUCCAGAGCUGUGUCUACAGUUAAUUUCUUCUGCAUUUCAACGAUGCCGCGCUUCCGACGACCUCUGCAGACUCUCCGUCGUUCUCCGGCGAUCUCCGCCUUCCAAUCUCUUUCGGAUACUGGUGUUGGAAGCUGCGUGGAGGAGUUUGAAGCUUUGAAGCUUUGCAGGGAGGCUUUUGGCGGUGAGAUUUGGGAUGGAUUGCUUUCCGUCACAACCACCGGUUUUGGUGAUAAUGAGAUAUAUCACUAUGAGUUCAAUCUAAAAGAGGCUGUGUCUGCCAGAAGGUUGACCAGGCUGCCUUCGAAUCCUAAGAAUGGGCAGAAAUUCAGUGGGACUGAAGUAUGUCUGUCGAUUUUUGAAAGCGUUGAUGUUUUGCUAGGAGAGAUUAGUCGCUUCUUUCAGAAGAUCCUCAUUCUAAAGAUCCCUAAUGUUGCAAUUCAGCUGGUGGCUGAGCAUGGGGAUGUUCCUGGAUCACGAUAUGAAAGUGUUUUGCUGGCAAAUGAAUGGAAUCCUUUACCUUUCUCAGCUUCAAAUCUUGAACGUUUAAAGUCAGGCCUUGAAGACUAUGUUUUUAAGCAUGGAAAUACAUUAGGAAAAAAAUGCGAGUCAUGCUUCUCAAAUUGGGAGCAUCUCAAGGUUGGGACUGGAGUAGCAUGCCACACAGAAAGCCGUAGAUAUUCUGAAUCAGUUACGGAAGCUGUGAUUGUAAUAAGUGAAAUAUCAGAGAUAGCAAGUACUUGCCUGAGGACAUGUGGCGCCAAAACAGAGGUUUUGUAUUUCAAAGAUUUCUCACCUUGCCCAAUUUCCCAAUCAUCUGUGAAGGCAUUAACAAGCAUUGACUGGAAAAGUUAUGGAUUGACUUUUGGGGGCGUUGUGGAGCAGGGUGGCUAUGCAUUACUGAAAUGGGAUAACUUGCCACCAUAUGUUCAAAUUAACAUUUCCCUCCACCACUACCAUAACCAGGUUACAACACCAUCAGCAAGGCUAAAGAUGCAACCUGAUCAAAAACUUGUAAAAAAGGCAGUUAAAUUUGCAUUGAAUGAUUUGAAGGACAAACAUGCUGGAGUUCUUCUAAGUGCCCAUGCCCUCAAGGUUCGUGACUGUGCCCCUGAUCUUGCAAAAACAAUUUCUAGCCUAAUCCUGUGCUCCAACGACUCAAAUUUCCGAGAAGAAUGCUUUUCUUUUCUCGGUUUACCAUGUCAAGGAGUAGGAAGUGAACUUGUUGAAGACUGUAUAAAGGAAAAGAUCAUUUCAGUCAUAGACAUGAACGACAGAGAACAACCCCAGAGAAGCAAAGAAGUUCCAACUUUUCUUUUUGAAGAUGAUCACUUCCAGGAUUCAGGGUCUCAAGAUGAGGAAUAUGAAGGUGAGGAUGCUUUUACCUCUAUGGAUAUAUAAACUUGAGCAAUCCGCAGAGGGCAUGCCGAUAUGAAUUGGUAAAUUAUAAAUACCUUGUUCAUAUGAUUAUGUUUUAAAUCAUUUCUGUCAUUGUCAUCUUACACAUUCAAUCAUAAAUUCAUAAUCGUUCAGUGCAUUGAUCGCAUGCUCCUGUCACAUGACUAAUAUUCCUUCUGUAUUGUCAUCUCAUCAGUUGAAUUGAUUUUUUUUUUCCUUCCUCUUUUCUUUCUGCUACUGAGUUGGUGAUCUAUGGCUGCACUUGCUUUUGAAGUCUCUGUAAGCAUUUUGGGCCAUUUAGAAGCAAAAAUCCAAUAGAUAUGAGUAUCUGAUGGCCUUGCCACCACGGUCCAGACCAUCACAAUGUGACACGUGUGUGGAUCACAGUUGUUGCCAUAAAUUUCAGAAUGGAACCUUUUCGUCGGCUAGGAUGGAUUUUGGGUAUUCAAAAAUUAGAUUUGUGCCAAGGAAUGGUCAACUGAAGUCUUUCUUCUUAAAACCAGAAAAAUCUUGCUAGAAGAAGAAACUAUAAAACACGUAUAUUAAGUGAAGUCUUAAUACAUAUCAAAUCCUCCAAUACACCAAGGCAAAAGUUAUACUUCUUUUGCCAAAGAGGUAAUAUCAUGUAUAAAUAGGUAUGUGGUUUCUGCGUACUCUGAGGACCAAGAAAAUAAAG